AAGCACAGAGCGCGGCUGGUGAAGUUGGUCCUUGCCCCGCGCUUAGCAGUACAGGUGGACGACAGGGGCUGCCUGCCAAAUACUUUGGUUGGAGGGAGGGGUGGGAGUGCUCUCUCAAAACCACUCCUGGAAUGGCUUAACUCGCCCAGCGCGAAUCAAUGACAACCUCCCGCGGGCUGCGGCAGGCUCCCCUGAGCAGCGCUGCCGCGUGGAUCCCCAGCCCGGGACCCUCGCGGCGCUCAGGACUCGGCUCCGGCACGAGCGCGGCGCCCCCGGGGCGGCCAGGGCUCUGGCUGAGACCAUGGCCAAUGGCAUCGACGAGCUCAUUGGCAUUCCCUUCCCCAACCACAGCAGUGAGGUCCUGUGUAGCCUGAACGAGCAGCGGCAUGACGGCCUGCUCUGCGACGUGCUCCUGGUGGUCCAGGAGCAGGAGUACCGUACCCACCGCUCCGUCCUGGCCGCCUGCAGCAAGUACUUCAAGAAGCUCUUCACGGCCGGCGCCCUCGCCAGCCAGCCGUACGUCUACGAGAUCGACUUCGUCCAGCCCGAGGCCCUGGCCGCCAUCCUGGACUUCGCCUACACGUCCACGCUCACCAUCACCGCCGCCAACGUCAAGCACAUCCUCAACGCCGCCAGGAUGCUGGAGAUCCAGUGCAUCGUGAACGUGUGUCUGGAGAUCAUGGAGCCCGGCGGGGACGGCGGGGAGGAGGACGACAAGGAGGACGACGAUGAUGACGACGAGGACGAGGAUGAGGAGGAUGAGGAGGAGGAGGAGGAGGAAGAGGAGGAGGACGAGGACGACGACACAGAGGACUUUGCCGAUCAAGAAAACUUGCCUGACCCCCAGGACAUCAACUGCCACCAAAGCCCUUCCAAGACGGACCAUCUCACCGAGAAGGCCUAUUCGGACACACCCAGGGACUUCCCUGACUCCUUCCAGGCUGGCGGCCCUGGGCAUCUGGGCGUGAUCCGGGACUUCUCCAUCGAAUCUCUGCUGAGGGAGAACCUGUACCCCAAGGCCAACAUCGCCGACAGGAGACCCUCUUUAUCGCCGUUCGCCCCCGACUUCUUCCCGCACCUCUGGCCGGGGGACUUCGGUGCCUUUGCCCAGCUGCCCGAGCAGCCCAUGGACAGUGGGCCGCUAGAUCUGGUCAUCAAGAACCGGAAGAUCAAGGAGGAGGAGAAGGAGGAGCUUCCCCCACCCCCACCGCCCCCCUUCCCCAGCGACUUCUUCAAGGACAUGUUCCCUGACCUUCCCGGGGGGCCGCUGGGCCCCAUCAAGGCGGAGAGUGACUACGGUGCCUAUCUCAACUUCCUGAGUGCAACCCACCUGGGGGGCCUCUUCCCGCCAUGGCCGCUGGUGGAGGAGCGCAAGCUAAAGCCCAAGGCCUCCCAGCAGUGCCCCAUCUGCCACAAGGUCAUCAUGGGGGCCGGGAAGCUGCCGCGGCACAUGAGGACCCACACCGGGGAGAAGCCAUACAUGUGCAGUAUCUGCGAGGUCCGCUUCACCAGGCAGGACAAGCUGAAGAUCCACAUGCGGAAGCACACGGGGGAGCGGCCCUACCUGUGCAUCCACUGCAACGCCAAGUUUGUGCACAACUACGACCUCAAGAACCACAUGCGCAUCCACACGGGCGUGCGGCCCUACCAGUGCGAGUUCUGCUACAAGAGCUUCACGCGCUCCGACCACCUGCACCGCCACAUCAAGCGCCAGAGCUGCCGCAUGGCCCGGCCCCGGCGCGGCCGCAAGCCCGCCGCCUGGAGGGCCGCCAGCCUGCUCUUCGGGCCCGGAGGCCCGGCGCCCGACAAGGCGGCCUUCGUGAUGCCGCCCGCGCUGGGCGAGGUGGGCGGCCACCUGGGCGGGGCGGCCGUGUGCCUCCCGGGCCCCAGCCCCGCCAAGCACUUCCUGGCGGCGCCCAAGGGCGCGCUGAGCCUGCAGGAGCUCGAGCGGCAGUUCGAGGAGACGCAGAUGAAGCUGUUCGGGCGCGCGCAGCUGGAGGCGGAGAGGGACGCGGGGGGCCUGCUGGCCUUCGCGCUGGCCGAGAACGUGGCGGCCGCGCGGCCCUACUUCCCGCUGCCUGACCCGUGGGCCGCGGGCCUGGCCGGCCUCCCGGGGCUCGCGGGCCUCAACCACGUGGCCUCCAUGUCCGAAGCCAACAACUAGGCUGGUCCUCCUGGACUCCCCCACCCAGUCCCGCGGCCCUGCCCCCUCUCCCGCCAGACUCCCCCCGCGCCGCCCAGUGGGUCUGAACUUCGUCUUUGAAAUCACAAAGGAAACAAGAAAAAAUAUUAUCAGCAACAGUGGUACUUUCCAGGCCUCCUGGGGCCUCCUGCCUCCCUUUCGAAGGUGUCUGAGAUGGACACCUCUUACCGAAGGGCCUGGAGCCCCGGGGCCUGGCCUCCACCUGUCUCUCACUUUGGCUGUCACCCACAAACUCACAGGGGCCUGUGCCACAGAGGAGGCCACACCCCGGGUGCCCAGGGGCACUUUGGAGUUCUGUGGGGCUAGAUGGAGGGAGGGAGUUUGGCCAGAGGCAGACCGGAUGGAGCAGGGCUGAGGCCUACCUCAGGCCUACCCUAAGGGCUUGGGGUACAUGUCCUCUCCUCCCCACAGUCCUGUGGCAAAGUCUCUACGACCGGCUCUGCUGGGUCAUGUUUCUAGUCUCCGGCCAUCCUGGGAUCCUUAUGAGAAAUGCCCUGUUGGCGGGCAGGGCUCCUGGAAGCCCGGCCCAUUUUUCCCCUCACUGCCCUAUAACCUUGGACAGGUCAGUCCUCUCUACCCUGCUACAGAGGAGGGGCUGCUAAUUUAGUUUCCCCUCUGGAACCCACCCACCCAUCCGCAUACACACAUCUACACAGCUGUCCCUUACAAAGAAUUCUGGAGAAGGUGGGAGAUUUGCACUCCUAAAGUCCUACUGAAAACACCUAUCCUACCGGAUCUCGUUUAAUCAUGUUCACCUCUGUAUUAGCACAGGUGAGAAAUGUGGCCACACUAGGCAGGGGUGACAGAGAAGAGCUGCGGUGUGGCUUGUCCACAGGCAGCUCUGGGGAACUCCAGGUACUCCCCACCUCUCCGGGCAGGCAGGCCACUGUGUCAGGGCCCCGGGAUGGCUCUUUAAGCAUUUACCCCACCUCCACACACCCCAUCCAGGGCUGUACAAAGUCUCUUGGUACUCCUGGGGCCAAUACAGAAGGGAUGGGGGCCCCUUGUAACACCUGGUGGCUGUCCCCCUCUACCCUGAUUCCUGGAAACAGACAAAACACCUGGUUACCUGGGGUUUGUGUUUAUUGUUCCUUGGGGCUUUGGGAUCUCUGAGGAUUGCCUUCGGCUGUACUUGUGCACCCUCCACCUCUCCCUCAUCCCUCGGGGAGGAAACUGGGGUGUUUGGCUUCCCUCAGGGGCAGGAGGCAAAGUCUUGGCUCCAGUAUGGGUUGGAAGGGCUCUGGGCGUUAGGAUUGCCCGCAUGUUCUCCCCGGUUCCUGAGUUUGUAGCAAGUUCGGAGAAGGAAGACCGCUUUGCUGGCCCAGCGCCUUCCUGUUCUUCUCUCCCAUUUCCUGCCCCUGCCCGCCCUCCUUCUCUUGCUGAGUUGGCCUGUGUUUCUCAGCAGCCCCGACAGUGGGAGUGUCAUCCGUACGGAUUACCCAGGGCUGGUGUCCCCAGUCCAGGAGCUGUGGGCACAAGAGACUUCGGCUCUUCCUAUCGCCUUGGCUUCUUUCUGAGCAAACAGAAAAAAACAAAAACAAAAAACAAAAAGGCCAGAGAAGACCACAGACUCUGUCCCCCUCGCAGCUUCCCAGAAGAGAACCCUGACUCCGCACUCCCCCGAUGCCAUUCCAAUCAGAGGGAACAGCUUCGGACACCCUUCCGUCUUCAGAUGCCAUCGUUCUGGGCAGCCGCCUCUUAGAUUCCCACCUCCAUUUCUGACACUCGCUUCUGGAACCCAUCCGCCAACAUCCCCAUGUUUCCCCCAUCAGCCAAGGGAUUGGGGCUGACCCAGACUUUAGAAAACAAGGAAAUAUGAACAAAUUGGAAUCCAGUGGUGUUGGGGCUUUUGUUUUUAUUUUGUAAAGGUAAUGACUUCUUAUAAACUCAGUUUUUCAGACGA